ACCUCACCCUCAACACAAUGCCACCUACACCCAAGUGGUAAAACCGGCAUCGACAUACUGUCCGGUCCGGCGGAAUCCUUCUUCUGCUUCAUUGGCCCACCUGAUUUGGUCUUCUUCGCCUCGACGAGACAACACGAGACGGAGAGGGGGCAGCAGCAGCCAUCUCUGUCAAACCAGAGCGCUGCCCCCUCUUCAUGUCCUCCGUUCAGAAGCUUGGGCACGCCAACGGGCGCCCUCCAGGGUACCCAGCAACUUCAGGACAUCGUUGACCUCUCUCGACCACUAUCACCGAUAGAUCGGGACCAAACGGUCAUCCCAUACCUCUGCGUAGCGUCAGCGUUGAUGAGGCCAUUGAAUCUUCUCAGGGGGCGGACGCUUGAUCCAGUCCGCGCCCGGGUGUUUCGUGCGCCUCCCCAGAUCUCCGCUGUUUCUCCCAAGAACGCCGUCCCGAGUCGCCUUGGCUUUCUCCAGGACCUUCUCUCCAAUUGUUUCUCAGUAAGGGAUUUAAAUUGUACUCAUUUCAAUUACAAGACCCAACCCUGGUCCGCUCGACCACAGAACAGCUUCUCGAGGCUCUCGCCGGCUACCGCUCCCGCGGACUUUUACGAGUCCUACACCGACCCUGUCAUUCUCCCUUCUUGGCUCCAACAACAGCAGCAGCAGGUCAAACCCCAAGAGUUGUUGUGCCGCAAUACCCCCCGUUCUGCCAUCGGCUAGCAACAAGCAAGCAUCAUCGCGACCUACAUCAGAUCCAGGCACACGCCAUCACUGGUUGACCGCUUCCCUUAUCGUCCACAGGUUGUUCAUAGACGCACUGAAGACACUACUCGAGUCCAUUCUCCUGGCCCUGGAUCAAUGAUUGGAUCACAAUGAAUCGUGCUGCAGAGAUUAUGGUCAGUUGAAGAGGGAAGGGAAUGGAAUGAUUGCGUAACACGUACAUGUACCUACGUCUACUCUAGCCAUAGAACAAAUACACGAGUAGCAAACUCUCAAUUCAUUGUG